AAACCUGAUGUUGCUUGUAAUUUACAUAACGCUAACUCGUUUUUAUUCCCGUUAGACAUGGCAGCGAGUUCAUAUUUAUGUUUUUAUCUUUGAAGGAGAAGCUGCCACGGCUUUUUAGUUCAUAAAAAUACUGCAAGCUGCAGGCUGCUGCAAAGCAAAACUGCCUGUGUCUGAGCGACAACAAAGAGACUGCAGCUGCACACCGCUGGUGGCAGUGGUGCAUUUAAGUGUUGUGGUUUAUUUUAACUAAACACAUUUCAUUAUUCAGGUAGACAUGACGGGGGUGGCCUCUCCAGAGAAGGCGGCGAGCGCCAAGAAGAAGAGCGAGAGGAAGUGUGCAACCAAAGAGGAGUACAGACAGCUGUCCAGCAUCAUGGGAGUUAUGAACAACCUGAGGAAACAGGGGACUCUCUGUGACGUGACCCUGGUGGUCCAGGGGAAGCACUUUCCUGCCCACAGAGUCGUGUUGGCUGCUGCCAGCCACUUCUUCAGCCUCAUGUUCACCACCAGAAUGAUGGAGUCAAUGUCCCAUGAGGUGGAGCUCAGGAGUGCCGAGCCUGAGAUCAUUGAGCUGUUGAUUGAAUUUAUCUACACAGCUCGGAUCUCAGUGAACAGCAGCAAUGUCCAGUCGUUGCUGGAUGCAGCCAACCAGUACCAGAUCGAGCCUGUGAAGAAGAUGUGUGUGGAGUUCCUCAAAGGACAAAUUGACGCAACAAACUGUCUUGGUAUUUCUUCCUUGGCAGACUGUAUGGAUUGUCCCGAGCUGAAGGCAGCAGCAGAAGACUUCUUCGAGCUCCACUUCACUGAAGUCUACAAACUGGAUGAGUUCCUACAACUGGACGUUACACAGCUCACACACCUACUGCACCAAGAUAAACUCACUGUCCGUGCUGAGGCCCAGAUUUAUGACGCAGCUGUGCGCUGGCUGAAGUACGAUGUGUGUAACAGACAGCAGUACAUGGUGGAGGUGUUGGGGUGUGUUCGCUUUCCUCUGGUCUCCAAAACGUUCCUCUCAAAGACAGUGCAGGCUGAGCCCCUCAUCCAGGACAACCCACAGUGCCUCAAGAUGGUCAUCAGUGGGAUGCGCUACCACCUGCUGUCCCUGGAGGAUCGGGAGGAUCUGGGAGAGAGCAGCAGGCCGAGACGCAAGAAGCACGACUACCGCAUCGCUCUGUUUGGAGGCUCCCAGCCUCAGUCCUGCCGCUACUUUAACCCCAAGGACUCCACCUGGACAGACAUCCGCUGCCCCUUCGAGAAGCGCCGGGAUGCCACCGCCAUCUUCUGGGACAAUGUUGUCUACAUCCUCGGUGGCUCACAGCUCUUCCCCAUCAAGCGCAUGGACUGCUACAACGUCCUGAAGGACAGCUGGUACUCCAAGCUGGGUCCACCUACACCUCGUGACAGCCUGGCCGCCUGCGCCGCCCAGGGCAAGAUCUACACAUCUGGAGGGUCGGAAGUGGGCAGCUCUGCCCUCGACCUUUUUGAAUGCUACGACACAAGAACAGAGUCGUGGCAGGUGAAAACCAGCAUGCUGCUGGCUCGCUGCAGCCACGGCUCAGUGGAGGCCAACGGGCUCAUAUACGUCUGUGGAGGCACAGUGGGCAACAAUGUUUCUGGCAGGGUCCUCAACAACUGUGAGGUCUACGACCCCAGCACUCAACAAUGGAGGGAGCUGUGUGGGAUGAGAGAGGCCAGGAAGAACCACGGGCUGGUGGUGGUCAACAGCAGGAUCUAUGCUGUUGGCGGGCAGGGGGCAGUGGGUGGACUGGACUCGGUGGAGUAUUACGACAUUGCCAGUAAUGAGUGGCGUGCUGCCUCGGCGAUGCCUUGGCGAGGCGUGACGGUGAAGUGUGCAGCGGUCGGGGAAGUCAUCUAUGUGCUGGCAGGGUUUCAAGGUGUGGGGCGGCUCGGACACGUCCUGGAGUACCACACUGAUACUGACAGGUGGGUGACUUGCAGCAAGGUGCGAGCGUUUCCCGUCACCAGCUGUCUGAUCUGUGUGGUCGAUACGUGUGGAGUCAACGAAGACGAAGACAUGGACCUCAUAGACUCUCAGUCACACGCUGCUGCAGCCGCUGCUUCUUCUUCUGCCUCAACCUCCUCCUCCUCAUAGGACAGGAGGAGAUUCGGUGUUAAGUUAUGGUGUUUUAUGAUCGGGUUGGGCCUCCAGUCAAGUGUGAAGCGGAUUUACACAAGGCAAGACCUGACAGCUCCUAAAUGUAAAUAUUCAUGUGUAUUUUGUCAGAAAACCUGCCUAUGUUCUUUAAAUAUUUCCAGUAGCCACAUUUCUGUGUAUUACGUACUUUUAAGAGUUCAGAUAUACUUUUAUGAAUAGUUUAAUUUUGGUUGUUCUGUGUACAUAUUUAAGUGCUCAGUUAAGAAUAAAAUGUUAAAUGUGAUAACUGAAAAAAGUGUCAA